AGAGUGCGCGAACUUUCAAAAUCACCUAUAAACAUUUGCACUACAUACACUAAUAUUAUCAAAAGUUAGGUAGGAAGGGCGCCAUCAUCACCACAAACGUGAACAGAUACUUCCCAUGCCACCUAUAACUAUUCCCCUGGAGUUUCCCCAGCUGGUGGGGACACCCAUCACUUUUGGCGGCCAACCAUUUACUCCAAGAACCUACAAAGGUUCCAAAGCAAGAAAUGUCAAUCUCCUGAGUCAAAGCUUAAGGAUAGGCCAUCAACGGGUCAACAUCGACGUUGAUCUCUCCAAAAAUAAGAUUGAUGGACUUACAGAGAUAACGGUGAUUCCCACCACCAAUCAUUUGAAAACAAUCAAAUUGGAUUGCAGAGAAAUGGUCAUUAAAGAAAUCCUUGUAAACAAUCGACAGGCCAAUUUCAUCCAUCGAGAUUUAUUGUACAUCAAUGACAAUAAGGUAUUUGAUGAGGCAAUCGCCAAUCAAACUGUAAACAUAAAUGACUUAUACAAUAAAAACUUGACCAUCCACCAACACCACAUUUUGAGACAAAAGUUAAACUACAUCUUUGGGGAUAUAGAUGAAGAUGGAGCUUCCGCCAGAAACGAAAUCAUUCAUGGAAACACAGAAGAAUUGACCAUCAUAAUCCCGGACAAUCUAAAGCUACAUUUGACUGGUAUCCAUCUGGCUCACACACCCUCCAGUCAGCCGAACACUGCUACUCCACUGCACAUGAAGUCCAGAAACACCUACAGCGAAUCUUAUACACCCAUACAAUUAAAGAUUGAAUACGAGGUUGUAAAUCCCAAAAACGGAGUUAACUUUGUCACAGAACUUAACAAAACUCCCACUGAAGACUGGCAUGCCUAUACGAUAAAUUCUGAGUAUAACAUCUCAACUUCUUCAUGGGUUCCAUGCAUAGACAACUUGUGGGAAAGAAAUACUUGGACCGUUGAAGUGAAUAUCCCUAGAAGUCUCAAAGACAUUGGUCAUCCCAUAAUAAUAGGUACAAAGGAAGCCAUAGAGUCGAGAAAACAAGAGAAUCGAAGACGAAGACGAGAACAAAGAGCCAAGGGAGAUGAUGUCGCAUUUGGCAAAAACGGUGAAGAGGAUUAUGAUGAAGACCUUGAUGAAGAUGAAGAGCCUAGAGACUUAAAUGUUGCUACAGGUGAUUACGUCGAAACCAAAGAGGUACCUCAUCCUACUGACUUAUCCAAAAAGACGGUUCUGUGGACAGUUUUCAAUCCUGUCUGUGCGCACCAUGUUGGGUGGGCCAUUGGAUGUUUCGAGAGUGUUGAGCUACCAGAAGAAGAAGAAGAGGGCGAUGAUGAGUUGGGUACCUCGCUGAAAGAAAUCAGCUGUCCUAUCAAGAUCUACUGUUUUCCAGGCAAAAAUGAAAUGGCUGAAAAUACGUGCAUUUUUGUCCGAAAGGCAAUGAACUACUUCCUGAAAGAAUUUGGAUCUUUUCCGUUCAACUCACAUUCGAUCUUGUUUGUGCAUGGGUCUCCUUCUUCGGUGAAUAAUUAUGCGGGUUUAUCAAUUAUAGACGAUACUCUCCUAUACCCUUCCAAUAUGAUUGAACCAAUAUAUCCUACAACAGAGACAAUUGUGGAUAGUAUAGCCUACCAAUGGUCUGGUAUUAAUAUAGUUCCACAGCAGUUCAAUGAUAUGUGGUGCACUAUUGGAAUUGCCCGGUUUAUGUCUUUCCAGUUCUUGCGAGUUUUAAUGGGAACUAACGAAAUGAAGUUCAGAAUCAAAACUUAUAUGACACAAACGGUGCAGCAGGAUGUAGCCAAAAAGCCUUUGGCAUUAUGGUAUUUCAGACAUCCGAUUUCGGAACAAGAUCUUGACUUCAUCAAGCUUAAGAGUCCUUUGGUUUUGUCCAUCUUAGAUAGAAGAAUGACAAAGACCGAUAAAUCUUUCGGUUUGUCCAGGGUUUUACCCAAAUUGUUCUUACAGGCAAUGUCGGGAGAUUUGGUGAACAAUACCCUUUCAACUCAACACUUUCAGUACCUUUGUGAAAAGGUUAACAGAAACAGACUUGAGACUUUCUUUAAACAGUGGGUUUUUGGAAGCGGAACUCCCGUUUUUAACGUUUCUCAGAGAUUCAACAGAAAGAGAAGUAUGAUUGAAGUGGUUGUUAGACAAGCUCAAGUGCAAGAGCGUAAGAGAUCCGCUCCUUUGGUGGAGAAUUUCAUUGAUACCUCGAUUGCUUUCUUGGAUAAUGAACCCGCUCCCACGGUUCAAAGUGCAUUCCUUGGACCAAUGACUAUUCGAGUCCAUGAGGCUGAUGGUGUUCCCUACGAACACAUUGUCGAAUUGAAGGACAGUGCCGUCAAGUUGGAUAUUAAUUAUAACUCGAAGUUCAGGAGAAUGAAAAAGCACAAAGAGGAUGCAGCUGAAGGGGGAACAUACACAAGAUUUGGUGAUAUAAUACAAUCCCCUGAAGAACUUGCUGCAUGGGGCUUGCAAGAAUGGCCUCCAAUUGAUGACGAAGAGUUGUACAACAAUGCAUUUGAAUGGAUCAGAAUUGAUACCGAUUUUGAAUGGAUAGCCAAAGUAAAUGUGAGACAGCCGGAUUAUAUGUACAGCUCUCAACUUCAAUACGACCGUGAUGUUGAAGCUCAAUACGAGGCCAUUAGAUUCUUUGGAAAUCUGGAAAAGCCUAUUAUUGCUUAUUGUACCUCACUUAUCAGAACUUUAAUGGAUCCCCGGUACUAUUAUGGAGUGAGGAUUGCUGCUGCUGAAGGUCUAGCAAGAAUUGCCAGACAAGAAAACAACUUCAUGGGAAUGAAUUGCUUGAUCAAGGCUUAUACUCAGUUGUUCUGCUUCCCGAAUAGUACUAUUCCCUUAGCUAAUGACUUUGGGAACAUCCCCAAGUUUAUGCUUCAAAGAGAAUUCCCACGAAUCUUUUGUUCUAUAAGAGAUGAUAAUGGCAACGUUCCAUUUGCUCUUAAGGAUAUCAUAUUGAAUUUGGUGGUUUAUAAUGAGAAUUCGAACAACAGCUUUGAGGACUCCUUGUACGUUUCCUCAUUGAUUGAAUCUUUAGCCGGAUCAAUCAUUAAUAGAAAUGCUACCAUUCUUUCCAAUUUGACCUUACCACCUGAGCAGGACGCAAAUUUAGAUCCAAAAGAGAAAGAGUUCAUUGAAGUGGUAGUCGAAGAAAUCAACCGACAACAGAAGUUGGAUGAGUUAGUACCAUCUCACCAUCAUACUCUAGCAAUAACCUGCUUGGAUCAAAAAAUAAGACUUGCUAGGUACGGACUUUUAGUAUUUCCGUUGGAAGAGCUUUUGAAAUAUACUUCCUCCAAGUACGAAGGGGAUAUAAGGAUAGUUGCAUUCAAAGGAUUGUUGGUCCUUGGUGGUUUGAAAAACGCUCAAAUAAUGAAGUACUUCUUGAAGUCUUGUUUACUCGAAUGCAAUGAUUUGGCUUUCAGAUCCAAAUUGGUAUCUUUAUUAGUUGAGUCUGUAUCAGUUGCAGCCGUGGAAGGAGCUGCUUCGACUUUGGAUGAUCCUGAGUUCCAGACUUUAGAAAAGUAUUACGGAGGUAACCCGAAGGGAGCUCAGAAUGAUUCAGGUUUGGUAGUAGUGGAAGCUGGUAACAGUGGAAAUGCUAAUUCAAGACGAGAUCAACUUGCAAGAGCAACUCUCAAAGGAACUAUCCAAUUGUUAAGACGUGACUAUAGUAUUGGAAAAGGUUUAAGGCAUGUCCUAUGGGAACUUUUACACUCUUCAUUGUUGAGUAUCUAUAACAAAAGGAGUUUGUUCUCUGUUUGCCAAGUACUUUACAAGGAAAUUGAUUCUUUCAUUGUUGAUGUUUCUAUACCACCAGUUCCUUUGAAUGAGUUGAACAGAAAGCUCGUUGCCAAGUAUUUGGGUGAAGGCAAAAUCCUGAUUCACCGAGAAGGAAGGUUCAAGAUUCUGCUUGCCACAAAGAUUGUCCUUGGUAAAGGAAAAUCUAUGAAAGUAGAAUUCAAGCCACCUAAGUUGAAGCUUAAGCUUGGAGGGGCAGCACCGGCGCCAGAAUCCGUACCAACGGCUCCAAUUGUGAUCACACACGAGCCUGCUGCAGAGAGACCAGGCCGGUCAUCCAGAGCUAGAAUGGAUGCACUUAUCCCUCAAGUCAGAACUUCGUUGGUUACUAGACUUGAAGACUAUGCUGUCAGGUUUAAGAUUAGCAGGGCCAAGCUUCAAAGCGUUUCACUUUCAGGUUUGGUAAGAAACAAUG